AUAACAAUCCCACGCUGAAAGUUUUUUUCACCUUCCACCAUAACAAACUAUAACUCCUCUCUCAGAAGCAGUUCCAAGUUUUGAAUCGCGUGUUGCGACCACUUAUACCCCUCCGCCAAAGAUCCGUCGUCAUGUACGUCACCAAGAGAGUCUCCGACGUAGAUCACCGUCUCCUCCUUAUCCUCAUAAUCCCUUCUAUAUCCCUCCUCUUCUUACUCUCUCUACCUACCCUCACCCUUGAUCCUCUUCCCACUCUUGUCCCUCUUCGUAACCUACUCCACACUCAUACCCUAACCGCCACCACCGAAACCUCCGAUCCACGGCGGGGUAAGAGGGAGGAGUUGGCGAGUUCGAAGAUGGCGGUUUGUUUGGUUGGAGGAGCGAGGCGGUUCGAGUUAACCGGACCGUCGAUCAUUGAGAAGAUCCUUAGGGUUUAUCCUAACGCUGAUUUGUUUCUAAAUAGUCCUCUUGAUCACAACUCUUUCAAGCUGAGUUUGCUUAAGGACUCGCCGAGGCUCGCGUGGGUUCGUAUCUUUGAGCCUAAGCCGAUCAUUGAGACUGAGUCGAUGGUUCGAGUGCUCACGCCUAUGCAUUCUCCCAAUGGGAUUAAGGGUUUAUUACAGUACUUCAGUCUCGUAGAAGGCUGUAUCACCAUGAUAAAGGCAUACCAAAACGAGAACAACUUCACGUACGACUGGAUAGUCCGGACCCGUGUUGACGGAUACUGGUCCGACUCUCUCGACCCAGAAUACUUCAAACCGGGUCAAUACCUAGUCCCACCUGGAUCCUCUUACGGUGGCCUCAACGACCGCUUCGGCGUCGGGGACCUCGACACCUCCACGGUGGCUCUCUCUCGCCUCUCCCUCAUCCCCGACCUUGACUCCGCCGGUAAAACUAAUCUCAACUCCGAAUCCGCCUUCAAGGCUCAGCUCACGACUCGCCGUGUGCCUUACGUAACCAAACCUCUCCCUUUUUGCAUCAUGUCCGACCGAACCUACGAGUUCCCUCCGUCUAAAUACGGAGUUCCAGUCGCUGCGAUAUCAAGCGGCGGGCCGUUGAACGGUGCUAAGUGCCGGCCGUGCACGGUGGCGUGCAAGGGCUCGUGCGUGGCGGAGGUGAUGGGAAAGAUGAGGAGAGGGUGGAGUUGGACGGAGUGGAAGCAUGGGACGAUGGAGCUGUGCGACGCACGUGGGGAGUGGGAGAAAGGUUGGGAGGAAGUGUUUGAUGGAGUCGCCGGAGAUAAAUUCGCACGUGCGAGGAAAAGAGUCGGAGGUUUGGAUAUGAGGAGAUGUGUGGAAGAGUUUGAUGAGAUGAGAGGGUUGGCUGUUAAGUGGGAAGCUCCCGCCUCUGAACAGAUUUGUAAGUUGGGCUUAAGACCCAAUUAGAACAUAUCAAUUUUAGGUCCCAUCUUAGAGCAUCUCCAUCUGUGAACUUCAUGGGGAGGUUCACCAAAAAAAAAUUUAUUAUUUUUUUAUUUUUUUUUUCUGUUUGACUUUUUUUCCUAAAAAAAAAAUAAAAAAAUAAUAAUAAUAAUCGAUCAAUCGUGGGCCGCCACGUGUCGUGGGGCCCGCGAAAUAGUGAUGAUACAGGUUCACCGGGAAGAGCUCGCGGGAGUGGAGUUCAUAACUGUUGGCUUUCUUUAAUAUUUUUUUUUUGGGGAACUGUGUGACCCCUAAUUAGUUUCACUAAUGGAGAUGCUCUUAAUUGGCUAACAAAUUUUCUAAUUUGUUUGUUUAA